CUUUCAUGUAAGCAGGAGGCAGGAGAUGGACAAACAGACAAACAGACAACUGAAUUGUGUGCUCUUUGUGAAAUGGCGGAAAGUUUGGAAAAUAUAGGUGAUAUUUCACCUGAUUUGGCGAACGAGGAUGUAGGAGAAAGUCUUGUGGAGGUUGAGAACAGCAGCGAGAGGCAGGGAGAAGAAAGAAAAGCACGUUUCUUUGUAGAAAAGGACUUGGAAAGUAUCCUCGAACAGUCUCAGUCGAGCGGGACUAAACGAAACACGAAAUGGGUGGUGAAAUUAUUUCAAGAUUGGUGCCAGGAAAGAAAAGUCUCAACACCACUUCUUGAAAUGAAUACAGUGGAAUUAGACCAAAACCUGGCAAGAUUUUAUGUUGAAGCAAGGACAAUAAAAGGUGACGAGUACAGUCGUUCAGCUCUUCUUGGUUUUCGCAGUUCAAUUGAACGAUACCUAAACAACAACGGUAUAACUCUGAAAUUAUCAAAAAACCAUUUGUUUCAAAACAGCAACAAGAUUCUCGAUGCCAAGUUGAGAAUCAACCGCCGUGCUGGUAAAGAAAGUGUUCAACACAAACCAGUUAUUAUAGCAUCUGACCUUGAAAAAAUUCGCACCAGCCCUUUCCUUAGUACGACAACUCCAGCUGGACUGCUGAGAAGGACGUGGUUUUACGUUUCUCUUCACUGGUGCAGGUGUGGAAGAGAGAGCCAGCGAGAUCUUCGCCGUGAAAGCUUCAAGUUUACAAAGGAUGCCAAUGGCCAUGAGUUUGUGGUCAUAACCAAGGGAGAAGCCACAAAAUUUCACCCCAGUGGUGAAAACAGCAAGCCUUUGGCUGAACGAGAAACAAGGCUUUAUAGUACUGGUGCAGAUGAUGAUGCCUUUGCCAGUCUGAAAUUUUAUCUAUCGAAAUUAAAUCCAUCAUGCACAGCAUUUUUCCAACAGCCAAAACAAAACGUGACAAAUGAUGAUGCUGUUUGGUAUGCAAACAGACCACUUGGUAUUAACAAGUUGGGCGAAAUGAUGAAAAAUAUAUCUGCUGGAGCAAAGCUCUCUCAGAUAUACACCAACCAUUCUGUAAGGACGACGGGCAUAACAUUGCUUCCCAACAGGAAUGUUCCAGACUGCCACAUCAUGUUUGUUUCAGGGAACAGUUGUGACCAAAGUAAAGCUCACUACAUUGCACAGCCAUCCGGAUUGCAGCUGGAAAUUGUUUCUGGCACCAUCUCAAAUGCACUACAGAGUCACAGAGGAAAGAGCACACAAAUAUCAUCUGUUCCAACCACUCCACUCAUCCAAAGCUUGAGGCCAAUAGCUUCCAAUGUGUCAAUGUCGAGCACAAAUGCAAGUGGCUUUUCCAACUCCUGCAAUACGCAAGGCAACCUUCAGAUACACUCUGUUACUGCUGGGACUGCUAUGGCUGACAAAGGAAAAUCGUCAUUGGUACUUGUACUGUACACUGGUGGAACAAUAGGAAUGAAGAAACUCAAUGACAAUGAGCCUUGUGCCCUUCACUUAGAUUUAUUUAUCGAUGAACUGAAAAAGCUUCAAAUGCUUCAUGAUCCAACUUGCAGUGUGACACAUGCGAGUGAAGUGGAUACCACACAGAGACUAGCUAUGCCUGUCACUAAGCUGGGCAGUAGGAUAUUGUAUGAUAUCAAAGAGGCUGGUACCAUCAGGGAGUCUAAAGACACUAGUAUUGAAGACUGGAUUGACGUGGGAACAGAGAUUGCCAAUAACUAUGAUGACUAUGAUGGCUUUGUCAUCCUGCAUGGGACGGACACUAUGGCCUUUACUGCAUCUGCUGUUUCUUUCAUGUUCGAGAACCUCAGCAAACCUGUUGUCCUCACAGGAGCACAGACUCCAAUUUAUGAUGCAGUAACUGAUGCAAGAGACAACCUGGCAGGGGCAUUACUGUUUGCUGGACAGUAUGCCAUCCCUGAGGUGACCAUUUUCUUUGAUGGCAAGCUUUUCAGAGGAAACAGAUCCACCAAAGUUGAUGCAAAGAGCUACAAUGUGUUUGAUUCACCAAGCAUUCCCCCAUUGGCAAGACUGAGCAGCCAUGGAGAUAUUCAAUGGAAUCAUACUGUUGAUCACUCACGAAAGGAAACUGGGAGUUUUGCACUCCACACUAAGAUGAGCCAAAAGAUUGCCUUGCUUCCUGUGUUUCCUGGCAUUCCAAUAGAAAUGAUAAAAGGAUGUUUAGAGUCUCCAAUAGAGGGUGUUGUCUUGGUAACGUAUGGCAGCGGUAAUAUACCUGAUUCAAGAACAGACCUGUUGGAAGCGAUCAAAGGCGCGGUACAGAGGGGCGUGGUCAUUGUCACGUGCUGCCCUUGCCGUGGAGGGCCACAUGAUGUUUCUACGGAGUACGUGGAACAGGGCCUUGUUAAGUUAGGAGUUGUUCCAGGGAAAGACAUGACAGUGGAGUCUGCGCUAGCUAAACUUUCGUUCGUGAUGGGGAAAGAAGAACUAACACGAGAAGACAGGAAAAUGCUUAUGAGAUCAAAUCUGCGAGGCGAGAUUAGUGCAUCCAGGUAGCAAGUGGUUUUAAACUGGAUAUUAAAGCAAAACAGCACAUAAAGUGAUCUCCUUGUGUUGAGCAACGUCAUCGGUCCCUCCAGCCGAGAAAGAAAAGAACACGCAAAAGAGACUUCCAAGAUCUUAUACAGUACACGAACACGUUGACAAGACUGUUGUAUUCUAUUGUUCUAGGCCCAGUUGUUCAAAGGUGGAUAACGCUAUCCACCAGAUAAAUCGCUAUCCAGUGGAGAAGUGUUGGCAAAACAAACGUCACUAUCCGUUGGAUAGCGUUAUCCACCUUUCUUACGUACUUACUUAAAAAUUCUCAAUCCACUGCUCUUAGAACAUCACAAUACUGCCUGGUUCGGCCAAACCAUUUUUUUUUUAAUUUUUUAUUUUACUGUGUUUUUACGAAGUUACAGCCUUAAACAACAUCACAAUAGAAGCUAUCAAUCAAAUUAAAAAUAUCAAGCUCAUUCUUACUCGAAAUUUUCGUAGCCUCAAAUUUUGAAAUUUCCCCGUAUUUCUUGAAAUCGCAAAAAUUUGAUGCCGAAAAAAGAUCAUGGCUUACUUAAAUUGAACAAAUUCGCCAAAUUCGCAAUAAAUUAAUGACCGCCAAAUAUUGACCUUCUAAAAUUGCAAAACUGAGUUGCCGCGAAAAUUUCGACUGGUUGAUUUCUUCCAAAACUUAAUAAUAACUUUUCUUACAUCACACCUUUACUGUAUAUGCCAAAACUGAUGUCACCAGCAACAUCAAGAAUAAAAUUAACAUCUCUUAACCAAAA